AUCCACCAAGGUUGGAGGGACGUUUUUAUUUUCGCCUUUCGCUUACCGGCCUCGGUGGGUCUCGGUUCAGCUAGGCCCUCGUAAGCGGCGGCGGCAGCGAGAGCAGCGCCCGUCGCCUUGCUCGUCAGCUCGCUCUCCGCCGUCCCUCUCCUACUUGUCGUGUACUUGCCACGGCGCGCAACACCCGGCCAGCUCGACGUCAUGGCGGCCAUGCCCAUCCAAGCGCCCUCGCGAGGAGGGUAUGGGGGGAGAGAUGCGAGCACCAGCCCAGGCUCUCUCCCGCCCAUAUCAACAGGGCACGGCGAGACCCUCCCGGGACCAUUUGGCCUCCCGAGCCGAACUGUCCCUUUCUCGAGCAACCUCUCACCCUCGGCCGCUUCGGCUCCGAUGAUGAUACGCGGCAUGGACCACGACGACGUCCCUCCGCCAUUACCACCGCCCCGUCUGGUUCCCAUCGACGGCCCCGUCGACCCCAAGCUGCAGUUGAAAGAGAGCAUGCGCCGGGACAACUACGGCAGUCCCGACACUGACUCGCUGGGACAUAGCUUCCGGCGGCCCGGCCUAUCGUUCAGGAGCGACGUCUCUGAUGACGGAUACCACAGCCUCGACAGCUUAAGGUCUUGUGGCUUGCCUUCCCCGUUUGGCCAUCACACUCUUCAGAGCUACCGCCCCAAUGGCGACGCGAUUGACAACUCGAUGCUCGACAAGCUCAAUCGGUCCGCGCGCCGUUCAGGUCUCAGCGCGUCGGUCAACGACCUUCCCAGGCCCCGUCCCCACCACACUCAACUAGCGACGCUCUCCCUUCCUCACCGAACUCGGCAGCCGUUCAGCGACGCGAGCUUCACCAAGUCUCCCCUUUCCGUGUCGGCGACGUCCCCGGUCGGCGGCGCACCUUUUGGCUAUAACCAUGGGCGCGGUUCUGCCGACCACCGCUCGCCGCUAGAGGCAGCGGGAAGCGACUACGAUCGCUCCCCCCUCUCGCGCCCCCACAGAACGCCUACGGGCUCGGCGGCCGACGAUGGGCCAGGUCCGGGCUAUGGGGCCUAUGAUGCCCGCGAAGACGACACUGAUUUCCCGAUGGAAGAAACGACGCGCAUGCGCACUCUGGCCAUUGAGGACCAAUGGCGGGAAAGGGACUGGGAUAGGGACCGGGAAAGGGAGAGGGAGCGUGACUAUUACCAGCCCGGCCAGAAACGCAGGGCCUCGUCGCCGCCGAGUGACGAUUCCGCGCUUGCAAGCGACGCGCUGCGAAGGAGGGACGGCAGCCUGCUAUCGAGAGGUUCCCCCACGCCGAGGCUGCUCAUGAUACCCCAGAACUCGGUCUCGAGCGCGUCGUCGGUGAGCCGAAGCGGAAGCUUCGUCAGUAACCUCACGGCCAGCAGCGUCACAAGCAUGGGCUCCUUUGAGCGUCGCUCUCCGCACCCCCUGUCCCCGGCUGGUCUAUCCCCGACGGACCCCAUGAGCUGUAGCAGCCCGUAUCCUCCACCGUCCAGCUUAUCCGCCUCUCCCCGGCCCUCGGCCGCGCGUUCGCUCAGUGCGCUCUCGUCACAGCAACGAACUGCUUGUGAGCAGCCCCUGCCACCCCAGGUCACGCGCACGGUAGCCUCGCCGCGGAAGCUCGCCGAGAUUCCCAAGAGUCACAGCAGCCUAGCCGCAAAGCUCAAGGGUCCCUACAUGUGCGAGUGUUGCCCCAAGAAACCCAAGAAGUUCGAGACAGAAGAGGACCUCAGAGCGCACGAAGCCGAAAAGCAGUACGGGUGCUCAUUCUGUGGCAAUCGUUUCAAAAACAAGAACGAGGCCGAGAGACAUCAGAACUCGCUCCACGUCCGGCGACACAGCUGGUCAUGCUCGGCCUUGACGAGCUACGAGCGGGCGUUCCACGACAGCACGGCAAGGCCCGGCGAAGCCGACGUCUGCGGUUACUGCGGCGAAGAGUUCCCCAGGACCGGCCGGAGCCCGGGCGGACUGACGCCGAGCGAGCAGGACUGGGAAGACCGCAUACGGCACCUACAGGACGUGCACAAGUUCCGCGAGUGCAACUCGAGCAAGAAGUUCUACCGCGCCGACCACUUCCGUCAACACCUUAAACACAGCCAUGCCGGUACCAGCGGCAAGUGGACCAACAUGCUGGAAAACGCGUGUAUGAUGGAGGAAGAGCCCCCCGCCCCCACAAGAUGAGAACCCGACCGGCUCCCCCCUCUCUUAGCCAAUCCCUUCUUGGGAUUCGACGAGAAAGAGGAUUCGUCGUGUCUGUUUCAUCUGGGCGAGACGAGAGGCACAUUAG